CUCGUGUCUCUGAAAAGAAGGAACUCAACCCUAUUGACUUUACACAACAUUUAUUAUUUCUCUCGCUUGUCUUCUCUAUAUACACGUUAUAUACAACACACAGAAAGAAACGAGAGGAGAUACGACACGCCUGUUAUUAUUAUUUCUAUAUACAUAUUUCUUCACUUCUGCUAUUCUGUCUUUCUCUUUCUUUCUUUCUCUCUCUUUCUCUCUCUCUCUCUCUCUCUCUCUCUCUGUAUUUCUAUCUCUAUCUUUAUUUUUUUCUGUCUUUCCUUUUUCUAUCGGUCGUUCGAAAAAAAAGAAGAUCAAAAAAUAUCUCGAACUGCGGUUUUCACAUUCGUUCGUUAUAUUGUUAACAUUCUCGUGUUCGUCGUUAUUGUUAUUGCUGAUACUACUAUUGCUACUGGUUGUUGCUGUUGCUGCUGCUGCUGCUGCUACUCCUCUUGAUCGAUUCCCCGGCGAGAGGUUGCCGGGUGGGAAAAGUAAGCGUGCGUGCGUGCCGCGGACGACGUCUCGCGAAGAGAAACGAAGUAAGAGGAAUAGAGGAAGAUAUAUAGAGAUAGAUAGUAAAAGAAAGAGAGAAAGAGAAAGAGAGAGACGGAACGCGCGACCGCCUGCCUGCUGACUUUUCUUCGCGCCGUCUAGUGGUGUGUUAGUGUGUGGUAGUAGUAGAGUGUAGUAAUAGUAGUAGUAGUAGUAGUAGUAGUAGUGUGGUGGUGUGGUGGUGGCAGUGGUGGCAGUAGCAGCGGUGGUAGUAGUGGUGGUGGUGGCGGUGCUGCUAGUGGUGGUGACUUUGGCGAAGGUGUAUUGGCCGAGAAAGAGAGCCGACGACAGGACACGAGUACAUACGCCGCCGACAAAAGAGGGCUGUUAUGGAGCGAAGCUGUCGUCUGCUCUUCCUGUUCCCGCCGGUGCACCUGCUCACGAUAUUCGUCGCUUCUCUCACACUGACAGAUGCUUUCUCCGUCGACAGUAAACCGGCUUGUCCAUUAAGACAAUUUCGCUGUGCGAACGGCAGAUGUAUACCCAUGACUUGGGUCUGCGACGGAACGGACGACUGUACGGAUAAUUCCGAUGAGAAUCCUGUGGUAUGCAAAGGUACUCAACAAUGUGGGGAAAACGACUUCAAGUGUGCCAGUGGCAGGUGCAUACCUGGAGUAUGGCAUUGCGAUGGGGAAAAGGAUUGUGACGACGAUUCCGAUGAAGAUCCGAACAUUUGCAGAGCACAAAUAUGCAGCAAGAAAUUUCAAUGCGGUUCAGGAGAAUGUAUACCAAAUAGCUGGUUAUGCGAUCAUCAAAACGAUUGUCAAGACGGCUCGGAUGAGAAAAAUUGUAAUAGAAUGAAGAAUUGCACCGCGGAACAAUUUACUUGUCGUUCGGGAUAUGGCGAAUGCAUCGCAUUAACAUGGAUGUGUGACGACAAUCCAGACUGUUCGGAUGGCUCGGACGAGGCUGAAUGUAAUGAUACUUGUCGGUCUGAUGAAUUCACAUGUGCAAACAAGCAUUGCAUUCAACAACAUUGGGUCUGUGAUCAUGAUGAUGAUUGUGGGGAUGGCAGUGAUGAAAAAAACUGUACUCCAACUACGUGCAAUCCUGUGACAGAUUUUGCUUGUACAGAGAACUACUGUAUCACAGCACAAUGGAGAUGCGAUGGCGAUUAUGAUUGUCCUGAUCAUUCUGAUGAGAUUGGUUGUAAGGGAGUUAUAUCUGGACAGAGGCCAAACCAUUGUGAUACAAAAGAAUUUAACUGUGAUGAUGGUGUUACUUGUAUACAUCAAAGCUGGGUAUGUGAUGGCGAUAAAGACUGUCCAAACGGUGCAGAUGAAUCGCCACAAAGAUGUCAUAACAUUACUUGUAGACCUGAUCAAUUCCAAUGUGAAGAUCGCCGUACAUGUAUACCAGGUCACUUAUACUGUAAUGACAAAGCUGAGUGUUCUGAUGGAAGUGACGAAAAGAAUUGUACAAUGAGAGCUGCCGUAUGCAAUCCAUUAACACAAUUUGAAUGCAGUGAAGCUUCAUGCAUUCCCCUCGAAAGUGUGUGUGAUAAGAAAAUGGAUUGUCUCAAUUGGGAGGAUGAAAGAGCUGACCUUUGCAAUGUAGAUGAAUGUGCCAAAGAUAAUGGUGGAUGUUCACAAUUAUGUAUUAAUCUUCCUAUUGGCUAUCGUUGUGAUUGCAGACCGGGUUACAAGUUGAUCGACAAUCGAACCUGCGAUGAUAUUGAUGAAUGCUUAGAGCCAGGAAGUUGUUCUCAAUUUUGUCGAAAUGAGAAAGGAACAUUUAAGUGUAAUUGUGCUCCUGGUUAUCUAAAAGAUCCCAAAAAUUUAACACGUUGCAAGGCAGCAGAAGGUCACGCAAGUCUUCUUUUUGCUAGAAGACAUGAUAUUAGAAAGGUAGCUUUAGAUCGUCAAGAAAUGACGGCGAUUGUCAAUAACACUAAAAUGGCAACAGCUUUAGACUUUGUUUUUCGAACGGGUAUGAUAUUCUGGAGCGAUAUUACGGAAAGAAAAAUUUAUAAAGCACCGAUAGAUGAAGGGAAUGACCGUACAGUUGUAAUAGAAGAUGAUUUAACCACAUCAGAUGGAUUAGCAGUAGAUUGGAUAUAUAGUCACAUAUAUUGGACCGAUUCUGGAAAAGAUACAAUAGAAUUAGCUAAUUUCGAAGGAAACAUGAGAAAAACUCUCAUUAAAGAUCACAUACAAGAGCCGCGAGCUAUUGCUCUAAAUCCUUUGGAUGGUUGGAUGUUUUGGACUGAUUGGAGUGACGAAGCUCGUAUAGAAAGAGCCGGUAUGGAUGGUUCUCAUCGUUCAGUUAUUGUCGGACACGAUAUAAAGUGGCCAAAUGGAUUGACUUUGGAUUUAAUUGGUAAAAGAUUAUAUUGGGUAGAUGCUAAACUUAACUUUAUAGCAUCUUGUAACUAUGAUGGUUCAGGAAGACGAACAGUUCUUUAUUCAACAGAAAUGUUGCGACAUCCAUUUAGUAUUACAACUUUUGAAGAUUAUGUUUAUUGGACAGAUUGGGAUAAAGAAACCAUAUUUAAAGCAAACAAAUUCACUGGCAAAGAUGUAGAGCUUGUUACAUCUGUAAGGUCACCUCAGCAACCAAUGGUGGUACAUGUGUAUCAUCCGUAUAGGCAACCUGAUGGAAUGAAUCAAUGUCAGGCUGUUAAUGGUCAUUGCAGUCAUUUAUGUUUACCUGCGCCUAAGAUUAAUUCAAGAUCUCCACUUCUUAGUUGUGCAUGUCCGGAUGGACUAAGGCUACUACCUGAUGGACUAAUGUGUGUAGAAAAUGAUCCAAUAACCUCGGUGGAUACCGGAAAAAAGGAUUCUGCAGGUGAAUCAACAGAUCCUGGUCUAGUUGCUGGUAUUGUUAUAGGGGUGGUAUCUUUAGGCCUAUUAUUACUUGCAUUAGUGGCAGUAUUGUGCUAUAGGCAUUAUCUUCAUCGUAAUGUUACAAGUAUGAACUUCGACAAUCCUGUAUAUAGAAAAACUACUGAAGAUCAGUUUAGUCUCGAAAAGAACAGAUUUCCCCAUCCUGCUGCUACAGUUGGAGAAGAGGCUCAAGAACCAUUAACGAGUCCUGGAACUAAUGACUACGUUUAAGGCUUAAUCUGUCAAUGAACUGGGAUUAGCAGACUUAAAAAAGCAUUGAUCAUGUAACAAAAUCAUGUAAAAACUGAUGUAAUGUAUUUACAUCUAAUGAGCCUGUUCAAAUGUAUGCCUGCGUCUGCCCACCUGCCUGCCAACUCAGCUGUGAUUAUGUUUAUUUUUUGUACUGUUUAUUUGUUAACAAAUUUUUGUGCAUUCGAAUAUACUAUACAUACAUGAAACAUUUAGAUUUGCUCUAAGACAUAAAGGGAGAAAUGUCUUGGGAUAUAUACGCAUGAUAACUGUUGUAAAGUAAGUAUAACAAGGAUUAGAUAUUAAAUACACUUCAAAUCCCGUACUUCUACAUUUUUUAAAAGCUAAGUACAUAGUUUCAUCAAAUAUAUCAUAAUAUAAUGUAGAGUCAAAGAUAUUUACAAUCAGUAAUAUUUUGUCUCUUCUUGCACAUUAAAUAUUAAUAUCAUAUACUAAUUAUGUCCAUUGUACAUUUAUUCUAUAUCUAUUUUAUAGAAGAAACUAUUCUUUCAUAUUGCUAUUUACAAGUGUCAAUACAAAAAAAAGGAAAUACUUCUGUUUUUAAAGUAAAAGUAUAUAUAUAUAUAUUUUCCAAAGUUACAUAGACAAAUAUUUAAAUUAUAAUAUCAAUACUGUAUGGAUGUCUAUAUUGGCUUAGCUUAAGUAUCUGGAAGUUGUUAGCAAUCUUAUAUUAUACAGAAUUCAAAUUAUACACAAAAAAUUUCUUUAUUUAUUUGCUCAUAAACAAAACAAGAAAAAAAUACGAAUUAUAGUGGUUUAUACAUAUUUCGAUCAUGAACAGCAAUUUCUAGUUAUAAUUAUACAUAAUAUUUUUUCUCAGGUUAAGGUGCUUAAUAUCUAAUAUAGUAUUUUACAUAUUUUGAUUUCUAUAAUGAAGCUAUUUUUUUUGCAGCGUGAUUUGCAUGUACAUUACACAAUAUAUAAUUGUUAUUCAUUAAUCUAAAUAUAUACAUAUAUGUUGUAAGAGAUAUUUUGAUUGUUGUUACUUAAUUAUUUAUUAUACAAGAAUUUAUUUGGAAAUUGUUCUUCUGAUGGAUAGGGUUCUAUUGUCGGAGUCAUAUGUAAAUGAUGCGGAAAUUAGAUAAUGUAUGAAAAAUUGUACAAAUUAUUAAUGUAAAAAGUGUAUAAACUUACACACAUUUUUAUGAAAAUUUGUUUUAUCGCAAAAUUAUUAAAUGCGAUUAAACAAAUAUCAUGAAUGUUGUGAUAAAACGUAUUUUUUCAACUGUCGACCAUACAUCUGCUUUAGUAAUUAUUGUAAUGAUCGAAGUUGGUUUUUUUUAUUUUUUUUUUAAAUAGUACGUUUUUUCUUUGGUAUUAUGUAGAUUUAAGAAUAAAAAUUCUUAUAUCUGACCCCGAUAGUAGUUCGAUAACUCAGAGUACCAAAAGCAGGAAAACAAAAAAUCCUUCUUAAUUUAUAAAAUCAAGUUUCUCCUUUUAUGUCAAUUGUAAAAUGCAUAUAUAAACAGUCUUUUUAGCAUUAUCAAUAUUUCAUAAUAGCUGCCUACGUUCUAAUAUGUGGCCCAUAUCAUGAUUAAGAGACACCUUUUAGUAAUAGUAAGUUAAUACUCUCUUACGUAUAAUGGUGUGUGUGUGUGUGUGUAUGUAUAUGUGUAUGUAUAUAUAUAUAUAUAUAUAUAUAUAUAUAUACACA